UUUGUCAAGGAAUUCUGUGAUGUUUAAAGAUUAUGUUGAAGAAGGCGAAGAAAAUAAUCAGGCAAUCGUCCUCUGUCAUGGUUUUCCCGAUUUGUGGUACGGAUGGCGCUAUCAAAUUCCUUUUUUAGUGUCGAAGGGUUUUAGGGUGAUUGCACCGGAUCUACGAGGCUUUGGACAAACUGAGUCACCACGUUGUCCGCCAGAUGACAUACAUCAAUAUGGGUUCAAGAAUAUCUGUAAGGAUUUAACCGAACUUAUGGAUCAGUUAAAUAUUAAAAAGGCAAUUUUCAUGGGUCAUGAUUGGGGCGGUCAUAUCGUCUGGAGAAUGUGCAUUCAUUAUCCCGAAAGGGUUCGUGCUGUAAUCAGCUUAAGCACCUCAUACAUUCCACCAAACGAACAUUAUCUCAGCAUUGAAUCCGUGGCCGAACUUUUGCCAAAUUUACAGUAUCAAGUUUAUUUCACUCAUCCUAAAGCUGAAAUAGAAUUGGAUAGUAACGUUC